ACAAAGACGCAUAUAGAUACCUCGUGAAAUGUGCCGAAAAGUCAUCCACGGGAGCGAAAACUUUUUCAACUAGUCGAAAUGAAGUUCAUUCAAGUGGUGCAUGAUGCAGGCCCGGAGGCUCUUCGAGAGUCAAAACGCGAAGCUCGUUCGUACUCUGCUCAGGUAGCACACGCCAGAGCACGGAAGCUUCGGGGACCUGGAAAGUCAAGAAGAAUUGCAAUAGAAAAUGCUCCAAAAGCAGAGAAAAGGCGCAUUCCGAAAUCCACAAGCCCAACAGGCCAGCCCCUUGACCAGACCUUACUUCCAUACAAACAAGCGACUCUAUCUACAGCAGAGCUUCACAUCCAGCAGCCGAUGCUGUCACCAUACAUCAACUUCAUUUCGACUCUGACACCAGAUGAAUGUUUCAUGUUUGACCACUAUAUCAAGAUCGUGAUGCCGUAUCUAAGCGCUCACUGCCCCAUAGCGAGGACCAUACGCCAGUACCACGAAUAUGUUAGAAAUAAUUGGAUUAUCAUAUCUUCGCAAGAUGCUGAUUUCAUCAGAGGGUUUCUCUUAGCCUCUUCUCGCCAUCUGUCUGUCGUGGAGUCAAAGACCAAAUUUGAAGAAAUAGCUAUUCGUUAUAAAUUGGAGCACCUGGCAAAACUCCGAAAGGACGUUGCGUUGCAGCCAAUGUCAAUGAGUCCUCGAUCCGUGUCGAGUGCUUUAGUUCUAUCAUUUGACGAGAUGCUCCUCGGGAACAUUCCAAUGGCUUUACGACAUAUCCACGGGGCAGCGAGUAUAGUCCAGGCAGCUGGUGGGCCACAGUCACUGGGCCUGAGCCAGUUUAUAUCAUAUACGCUGUUCACUUGUGUCCAGGAAGACCGAAUUGGCGAUUGGGCUUGGGUAUCUAAGUAUGAUCAAGAUUUCAUGAAGCCUAGGAAAGGUUGAAAGGAAAGGCACUGGACCAAAUGGGAUGAUCUUCAUAUACUGUCUCCGUUUUUAUUGAGCUUAGACUGCCUCGACAGUUGACAACUUGCUGACGUCGGGAACCGUCUCUCAGCCAGAGGGAUUGAAUGGACAAGAGAAGACCACGCAGUACAAAGUAAGCAGAUUUAUAUGUCGAGAAUAUUAUUGGUUCUUAAACGGAGCUGCAGAUAACACAGCCCAAGGACCACCUCAUGAAAAUCAGGCUGCAAAGGCCGGGUUAUUAUCACCAGGAUUCAGACAGAUAUUUCUAUCUAUAAUCCCUAAUCUACCUAUUUUUGAAUCGAAAGGACAUCGAAAUGCCUCGUUGGCAUAGAGAAACCUGCUCUAGUCCAAGAGUUGUUAUUGCUGGU